CCCCGCCGCGGUCCCCGGUCCGCCGACCUCGUGCCGCCCGCCCGUCCCCGCGCGCCUGCCGACGCGGGGGAGGAGACGCCCGAGGGGGACUUCCUGCCGCCGAGUCCGGUUCGGGGGGCGGCCCGCACCCCGGACCCCGCGCCGGCCCCUCCUCGGCCGCGCGGCCCCCGCGGGAGGGAGGCGGGCGGAUGACGAGGGUGUGGGGGCGUGAGUCUGAGGGCGGCGGGCUGCGGCGUCGCUGGCCGGCCGGGCGCGGCGAGCGGAGCGUCGAGGUCGUCGCCGCCGCGGGGGGAUGGCGCGCGCGGGGGUCUGGAUGCUGGCGGUCGGCGUUCUGCUGGCGCUGGCGCCGGGCCGGGCCGCGGGCGCCCUGAGGGCGAGCAGACGCCCGGCGCGGCCGCGGGGCUGCGCCGAGCGGCCCGAGGAGCUCCUGGAGCAGCUGUACGGGCGGCUGGCGGCCGGCGUGCUGGGCGCCUUCCACCACACGCUGCAGCUGGGGCCGCGCGAGCAGGCGCGCAACGCGAGCUGCCCGGCAGGGGGCAGGCCCGGCGACCGGCGCUUCCGGCCGCCCACCAACCUGCGCAGCGUGUCGCCGUGGGCCUACAGAAUUUCCUACGACCCUGCCAGGUACCCCAAGUACCUGCCCGAGGCCUACUGCCUGUGCAGGGGCUGCCUGACCGGGCUCUUCGGGGAGGAGGACCUACGUUUCCGGAGCGCCCCGGUGUACAUGCCCACCGUCAUCCUGCGGCGGACCUCGGCCUGCGCCGGCGGCCGCUGGGUGUACACCGAGGAGUACGUCACCGUGCCCGUGGGCUGCACCUGCGUCCCCGAGCAGGAGAAGGAGGCCGACGCCGUCAACUCCAGCAUGGACAAGCAGGGCGCCAGGCUUCUGCUCGGCCCCGGCGACAAGCCGGGCCGGCCCUGA